UCGGUAUCUCUUUCUUUGCAAUCAAGCCAGUUCGGAGAAAAAAAGAAGAAAGCUCUAUGGAUCCGCAGCUAACAGAAGUAUCGCAGCAGUUGGAGAGAUUCAAGGCGGCGUUUGUUAGGAAAGAUUACAAUACCUGCUCUGAUCUAUUGUCUCGGCUUAAGGUUCUUCUGACGAAAUUCACAAGCCUUCCUCCAUUGUUUGAGAAUACUCCAAAUGCUGCUCACGAGCUCACUCUUGCAAGGGAUAUCUACGAGCACGCUGUUGUUCUGAGUGUCAAAACUGAGGAUCAAGACGCUUUCGAGAGAGAUUUCUUCCAGCUCAAACCCUACUAUGUCGAUGCCAGGAACCGUCUUCCACCGUCCCCACAGGAGAAUCUUAUCCUUGGUCUAAACCUCCUGAGGCUGCUUGUGCAAAACAGAAUUGCUGAAUUCCACACUGAGCUCGAGUUACUCUCCUCUGCUACUCUGGAGAAUCCUUGCAUCAAGCAUGCCGUUGAGCUUGAGCAGUCCUUCAUGGAAGGUGCCUAUAACCGUGUGCUCAGUGCUAGACAGACCGCACCUGAUGCUACUUACGUCUAUUUCAUGGACCUCUUGGCAAAGACCAUUAGAGAUGAAAUAGCUGGAUGCAGCGAGAAAGCUUAUGAUUAUGUCUCUAUCAGCGAUGCCAAGCAGAUGUUGCUCUUCUCUUCUGAUCAAGAACUCUUGACCUAUGUCAAUGAGGAGCACCCUGAGUGGGAAGUGAAUGAAGGGUUUGUUGUGUUCCAGAAAGCCAAAGAAACUGCACCUUGCAAAGAGAUCCCGUCUCUUCAACUCAUCAACCAGACUCUAAGCUAUGCCAGAGAGCUGGAGCGUAUCGUGUAAGAUGGACUUUUACUCAUUACUCGUCUCUUCCAUUUUGUUGUUAAAGAAAAAGAUCUUCAGGUCAUAAAAAGCUUCGUUAUCAAUGUAAUGACUGAUUUGGAGAGACUCAGUACUUGUCUUUGGUUAAUCGGGUUUGGCAAGUGAGAUCAUUCGCUCUUACAUUGUUA